CAAAUUACAAAAGCAAACAUUAUUUGACAAGUGAUUUGUUGACAUCAUUCGGAGAAAUUUUUGCAAUUUUACUAUUUUCGUUCGUAUAACACUCAAAUACUUUAGCAAUAAUGGAAGCCUUAGAUUUACUUGAAAAACGUAUCGAUACGCUAUCCCGAAUGUUAGGUCCGUUUCCCGACGAAGGAAACGCAGCUGCAGCUGGGACUGGUCCCGACCCAAACAAGCCACCAGCCGCACCCGAAACAGUUGUCGACUCAUUGCUUACAGUGAAUAGUAUGCUAAAUGGGGUUAUUGGAAACCGUGAACAAAUUGCAAAAGCAAUUGUUCGUGCUCCUGAACUUGAAAAAUAUUUGGAUCCAAAUUUUCUGGAAGAGAACCAACAAGUUCGUUCCAAAGAAGUCUAUUUAAAUGCUAUUGCACCAGAUUUACAUGCACAAUUCGAACAGUUGGAUCGUGUAAAACAACUUGAACCUACAUUGGGUGCUGAAUAUUUCCGUAGUAUACCCGGUGAAUGUACAGAAAAAUUGAAACAGCAUUCGCAAGAUAAUACCGAGUUUGCUCAUCAAGCUGAGUUAAUAGAGGAAAGUUUAAUUUUGGCUAUGAAACGGUAUGGAGAAAUACAAACCGGUCUUUUGGAAUCGCUCGGCACCAUGAAUAAGCGGUUAGAAGCGAUAGAGGAAAAAAUGGAGCAAAAGAAGCGUACCGAAGCUGAAAAGGAACUUCCUUCUCCUAAGGAAUGAAAAUAUUAGACUUAACCCAAUUUGUAUUCGUAUAUUUUAUAAGGUUCAAUGAGCAAAUAUUUAAAUUCAUAGUUACGUAUUAACUUGUAUUUUAUAUGUAGCCUUUAUUCUAAUUUAUUUCUAAGUCCAUGUCCAUUGCUCUGUCUUACAUAUAAUUGAAAAAAAAAAAAAAUUUAACAUUGUUCGGCAACUA